AUGAAAACGGAAACCUUCAUCUUGGGCCUGUUGGCUCUUAUUUCAUAUUUUAUGCCUGGUGAGAGUCAUCACAUCCAAUCAAAACCACAGUCAUUCCAAAGGCCAUGGAAUAACUACAGAGACUAUCGACAAGCCUUUCCUAACUACGGAAGACAUGGUCAAGAUAGAUAUUAUUUCCAUGAUUCACAGAAACAUCAAGCUAAAAAACCUUACAUUUCACCAAUUAAAUAUCCACAGCCUAACAUUUGCCCUCCAGGAACUAAAAUGUUAAUAUUACAUCAAUAUCCCCAUAGGUUUCUAUGCUUUCCUAAAAAACAGUUAAUCCCUGACAAAGCAAAAACAAAUGCAACCACACCAGCACCAACAACCAAUCCUACCACAAAUGCAACCACACCUACCACAAAUUCAACCACACCAGCACCAACCAACAAUCCUAACACAAAUUCAACCACACCAGCACCGACCACCAAUCCUACCACAAAUGCAACCACACCUAGCACAAAUGCAACCACACCAGCACCAACCAACAAUCCUAGCACAAAUUCAACCACACAAGCACCGACCAACAAUCCUAACACAAAUGCAACCACAUCUACCACAAAUUCAAACACACCAGCACCAACCAACAAUCCUACCACAACUUCAACCACACCAGCAUCGACCACCAAACCUACCACAACAGAACCUACUACUUCACCUAAACCUAGCACCUCAACAGCCAUACCUACACCAACUGAGUCUGCUAACAGCUCUCCCUCUACUACAUCUAGUACUACCAUCCAAACUACAACUCCGUCACUUAGACAACGUUUUCGGGAGCUCUUUCAGGAAUUCCUUCAGCAGUGGUUUGGUUAA